GGAGACAGGGAAGUGCGUGGAGCUGAUCGCGGUCAUGGCGGCUUUUGGGGAAGUGGGCUCGGGGAUGCUUUCAGGACAGGGCCGAAGAAAAGCUUAUGGCAAGGGGCGCACAGCUAAGACCUUGAAGUCAUUACAGUUUGCUAAUCCGGGACGGCAUACUGAAUUUGCUCCAGAAGCAAAGAAAAGAGAGAAAAGAAGGCUGCAAACAAAAAGUACAUCCAUUAAUUCAGACAGGCAAAUAAUACCCGCAAAGAGCAGAGUAUAUGAUAGCCAAGGACUUCUGCUUUAUAGUGCGAUUGAUCUCUGUGACUGUCUUGAUGAAGAUUGCCUUGGAUGUUUCUAUGCUUGUUCCAAAUGCGGCUCCAACAAGUGUGGACCUGAAUGUCGCUGUGACCGCAAAUGGCUGUAUGAGCAAAUUGAGAUAGAAGGGGGAGAAAUCAUUCGCAAUAAGCAUGUGGGAUAGCCUACAUGCCGUAUUCAAAUACUGUACUGCAAGGAACUAAGAUCCAAAGCUUUACACAUACAAAUAUACAUGAUUGGUUGAGAUUUACAGUUGCUGUCCAGUGUAAUGUAUGAAAACUGAAGCUCAGACAUAACAAAUUUUCAGUGUUCUUUCUAUCCCUGUAGCUAUUGCUACAAGCAAGGUACUAGUACGUUGCCUGAUCUGAAAGUUUUAAUAUACAAGAGGAGUAACAUGUUCAGUAUUAGUCAUUUUGCAACCUCUGUUCCAUAGAGGAGAUGCUGUUCCUUUCAAAACAAAGUGAUGGUUACUUGAGUCACUUUAACCACUAGCAACCAUAACCAGUAUUAGUCCUUGGGUAGGUUGAUAAUUUGAUAGAGAUGUUCCAUGAUAGGCAAAAAAAUAUUAACAACAAACUAAAGCUUAUGACAGUAUAACACACUGUCAUUGCUUCAGUGAUUAAUCUCUACUGGUUUACUUCAAGGUUUAGAAAGAUAGGUGUGAGUUUCUCAUUCAUAUUCUGAAUAGAAAUAAACCCUAUCCCCUGCUUGCAUCAGUAUGAUAAGAUAAGAGGGACAUUUUUAACCAAAGAUUUAUCAUUAGGAAGCAUUUCCGUUAUGCAUUUAUUGUUUUAAGAACUUUAUGUCGAGUGUCUAUGCAGGCUGAAAGAGCACUUAUGGGCUGAAGUACAACACAGUCUCAUCUUGGUCUUAAACACGUUAUUUACUUGAAUAUUCGAUUAUAACAGUUACAGAGAUUGUGUUAUGACUUGUCUUUAAUCACAGAUUAUUCACACAAGUAAGUAAGAUGUAUUUUUUGAAUAAUCUUUUUAAAAGAAGCAUUAAUUGGCUGCAUUUUAUGGCAAUUUGCCAUGUACCCGAAUUAAGAAAAAUUCUAAGAGCAUCUACAUCUUUGUGUUGAUUUUUAGUACAUUUAGGCUCAGAUAAGACAAAGUCUUUUCCUACAGUCUGUAAUUAAUAAUAAUCAUUCCAUUGUUGGAGUUGAGCUAUGUAAGGCCCAGCUUCUAGUAAUUUCUGGUGAAUUUCACAGUAAAAAUGUUACAUUUUAAAGCCACUCUAAUAGUAUCUCAUGUUAACAAAAGCACCAUUCUGCCUUCUGAGUCAGCGUGGACUUUGAUUUUUUUGUAACCUGUUUUUUAUUUGAAGCUUUGCUUGAACUGAUAAAUUUUGUAUGUUAUGCAAUUAAAGGUCUUGAAGAUGAAGUGCAGAAAAUUGGCCAUUACCUAAAACCUUUUAGCAGCCUGCAUAGCUGCUGGCAGGCUCCUUCUGCAGAUGGAAGUUCUACUCUCCCUGGCAAGUAGUAUUCUGCAAAGGCUGCUGUACAAUAAACGCAUUUAAAUAAAGUUUGUGAUUCAUUUUUAAGAAAACAAUCUUCCUGAUUUUGGCUGAUGCAAAGUUGUGGCGGGGUAGAAAUGUGAAAAAUAAAUA